AUGCUUAGCGGAGGAGGCUCAGGCCUCUUUGGUAACCUAUCUGCACCGGGAGGAAGCGCAACUCCAGCAACGGGCUCCUCUGCAGCCCCUUUGUUGGGGGGUCUUUUUGGCUCGUCCAAGGCAACUCCGGUCUCUGGAGCAACGACCAACAUCUUCGGAAAUGCUCCGUCUGGUGGGAGUUUGUUUGGCACUUCAUCAACAGCCCCCCAAGCAACGGAUGGCGGAACGGCUCAGCCUGCACAGCCGCAAGGCGGUGGUCUCUUUGGCUCUGGUGCUUCUGCUACUCCAGCAGGUGGGCAGGGUCUAUUUGGCAGCGGUUCAGCUACGAGUGCUACAGGCAGUGGCACCAUCGGCAUUGGCCUAGGUUCAGGAAGCGGCUCAGCUGUCUCUACAGGGGGUUCUCUUUUCGGGAGCAGCACCUCAUUCGGCAGUGGUACUUCGCAGACUUCAGCUCCAGGAUCGCUUUUUGGAGGCGCUGCAGGCACAACUGCCGGUGCAACCGAUCCCGCAAAAGGGGGGCUUUUCGGUGGAGCUGGAUCAGCGAACAAGACUUCGGAGUCUGCGAAGCCUGGUGGCCUCUUUGGCGGACUGUCGACAAGUGGAAACACGUUGGGUCAGGCCAAGGGGGGAGGCCUCUUUGGCAGCACCGCUCCCCCAGCGGUGAGUGGGAAGCCAGAUUCCGCGCAAGGGGGGGGGUUGUUUGGUGCCGUUUCAACAGCAAACGCGGACGGUUCAAAGCCGACUGGAGGCCUCUUUGGAGGAGCUGGACCGUCUUCUGCUACUACCGCUGCUAGCGCUGGCACUGCCGCCGGAGCACCUCUUCGGGGAUCUGUGGGCAACGGUUCAAGUUGUGAUGCUUCAAAGGGAUCGACACUCUUUGGUAGCUUAGGAGACGCGUCGAAGCCUUCCGGCGGGAGUAGUCUAUUUGGAAAUGCCUCCUCGACUGCAGCGGGAGGCCAAGGCGGAGGGAGCGACGGAAAGGGCGGCGGCUUGUUCGGGAGCUCCCCCUCCGCGACGCAAGCAGCGAAAGCAGAUGGCCAGGCUAGUGGCACAUCGACUGGAACCUCGUUGUUUGGAUCCGGCCGAGAUGUUGGCAGUAGCAGCGGCGGUGGGCUGCUGACGGAUUCUGCAAAGCCAGCAGAGGCAGCAACAAGUGGCCAGAAGGGAACGGAUACUGCUGCCACUCCUGCGGCGCAGGCCCCUCCACCUGGCGAGCAGAAGCCAAGUAGCGGCCAAAGUCUGUUCGGAUCGCGUCUCGGCUCUGCAGCUCCUGCCGGAUCGUCGGGAGGAAGCUCAGCGUUCGAAACCAAGCCAGCAGGCAACAGCGAUAGUAAUGCAGCCGCGGCAGGCAGCGCUGCAGCAACUGCGGCAGCGGUACCGCCGACUGUGCCAGCUGUGCCGCCUGAAGAGGUUGCCUUGGAGACAAUGCAGCAUGAGCGAAUGGACGAUCUUUUGGCGAACUGGGAAAGGCGGCUGCAGCGAAAGGCAGGACAAUUCGAUGAGCUCUCCCAGGAAGUUGCUGCAGUAGAAGCUUCGCUCAUUGCUCAGGCGAAAGCGCUAGCAAGUAUUCGCGAGGAGCAGCAGCGCGUGCACCGCAGGCAGCUAUUCGUCGGCGAGACCAUUGACAUGAUCGAGCAGCAGCAGCAAGACCUUUCGAAUCUUUUGGCCUCGAUCGAAAGCAGCCUGAUGGCAAAGCUGUCACCCCAGGAAUCGAGAAACUUUUGCUCCACUAUGGAACAGAACAUGUCUCAGCGGGUGCUAGACAUAGAUGCCCAAAUGGAUGAGCUGGCUUCAGCCAUCUCCCAAACAGCUCGGAGAACUCAACCCGAGCCGGUAGCAGCUAUUUCGCAAGUGUUGGCUGUCCACCAAGCAGCACUCCAGUCCGCCACACAGCAGUGCGCAAAACUGGAGCAGUGCCUCAAGAAUUUGCAGCGGUAUGUUGCUUGA